CGGAGCCGGGCGGCGGCGGCGGCGGCGCGGAGCAGGUCUCCAGGCAAGGUCUGGCCGAGGACAGGACCCACUGCCUCCAGGAUGGCGCGAUGGCUGCCCCGCUCCACCGACCUGACCCGCUUCUGCCAGAAACUCAACCGAGUGAAGACCCUGGAGGAUGACAUGAUGGAGACAUCCUUCAACAGAUGCCUUUCCACCAUUGACCUGACACUGCUGGGCAUCGGGGGCAUGGUGGGCUCUGGGCUGUAUGUCCUCACAGGCACCGUGGCCAAGGAGAUGGCCGGCCCUGCCGUCAUCGUCUCCUUCAUCAUUGCCGGCUUUGCCUCGCUCCUGGCUGCUCUGUGCUAUGCUGAGUUUGGAGCCCGCGUUCCCAAGACGGGCUCUGCCUACAUGUUCACCUACGUGUCCGUGGGGGAGAUCUGGGCCUUCCUCAUCGGCUGGAACGUGCUGCUGGAGUACAUGAUCGGAGGAGCCGCAGUGGCCAGGGCCUGGAGCGGCUACCUCGACUCCAUCUUCAACCACAAGAUAAAGAACUUCACCGAGACCCACGUGGGCACCUGGCACGUGCCAUUCCUCGCUCACUACCCUGACUUCCUGGCGGCUGCAAUCCUGCUGGUUGCCACCGCCUUCAUCUCCUUUGGGGCUAAAGUGUCCUCCUGGCUCAACCACGUGUUCUCGGCCAUCAGCAUGGGUGUCAUCCUCUUUAUCCUCAUCAUGGGGUUCAUCCUUGCACAGCCCAAGAACUGGAGUGCCCAGGAGGGUGGCUUUGCCCCAUACGGGCUGUCGGGCAUCAUGGCCGGCACAGCCACCUGCUUCUAUGCCUUCGUGGGCUUCGAUGUCAUCGCAGCCUCCAGCGAAGAGGCCAGGAACCCGCAGAGAGCUGUCCCCAGGGCCAUUGCUUUCUCCCUGGGGCUGGCCACCGGUGCCUACAUCCUGGUGUCGGUGGUGCUGACGCUGAUGGUGCCCUGGCACACUCUGGACCCAGACUCUGCCCUGGCAGAUGCAUUCUACAGGAGGGGUUACGCCUGGGCAGGGUUCCUUGUGGCCACUGGCUCCAUCUGUGCAAUGAACACGGUCCUGUUGAGCAACCUCUUCUCCCUGCCACGCAUUGUCUACGCAAUGGCCGAGGACGGGCUCUUCUUCCACAUCUUCUCCCGGGUGCACCCCCACACGCAGGUGCCUGUUGUUGGCAUCGUGGUCUUCGGGUUGCUCAUGGCACUGCUGGCCCUUGUCUUCGACCUGGAGGCCCUGGUGCAGUUCCUGUCUAUUGGCACUCUGCUGGCCUACACCUUCGUGGCUGCCAGCAUCAUCGUUCUGCGCUUCCAGCAGCAGAAGGGGGAUGUCCCUGCACCGGCGGCUCGUGGCCAGCCCAGUCCCGAGCCCCAUGAGGGUCCAUCUGCCGGUGAGCUGAAGGAGUACGAGUCCUUCUCUGACAAGCUCCAGCUGGUGGACAGGGACAAGAGCAAAGAGCACCGGGAGCCAGGGCAGCUGAAGGCAAGUUUUGAGCCAUACCUGGAGUUCCUUAGUGACUUCUACCCAGGGGAGGUGGUCACGGUGGCCGUGGUGACCUUGAUGGUGUCAGCCAUCUGCCUGUGCUCCGUCCUGGUGUUUGGCAGCACCCACCUCCACCUGCCGACCUGGAGCUACUCGCUGCUGAUGGUCCUCUUCAGCCUGGGCUUCCUGCUCAGCCUCCUGCUCAUAUGGGCUCAUGAGCAGCAGCACAGCACACAGACCUUCCAGAUCCCCCUCGUGCCCCUGUCUCCAGCGCUGAGCAUCCUCCUCAACAUCUAUUUGAUGCUGAAGCUCAGCUACAUGACGUGGCUCCGUUUUGCCAUCUGGCUGCUUCUCGGGCUGCUGGUGUACUUCGGUUACGGCAUCUGGCACAGCAAGGAGAACCUGCGGGAGCCGCGGGAGCAGCGCCUCAGCGCCCGCUACGUGGUGUUCCCCAGCGGCAGCCUGGAGGAGCGGGUCCAGCCCGUGCAGCCCAACGCCCAGCCCGCCAGCCGGGCCGUCACCGACACCGCCGACGGCAAGAGAUGAUCCCCCGGGGCUGCGGGAGCACCUGAGCCCUUCCCCAUGGCAGGGCCUGAGACCCCCCCUCCUCCUCCUGGUCCCUUCCAUAGUGGAGCUGCCGGGUCUGCCCUGGGCACGUGGCUCCAUGUGGAGAUGAUGAGGAUGCUCACCCUUCCCAUGCCCCCCAGAAUGUGUGUGUGUGGGGCUGGCUCCCUCCCUUCCCAUCUCCAGUGCCCAGGAGCUGCGUCUCAGCCCCCUCAGCCCAGUGCCUGCCCUGCUCACAAGGAGCUGCAUCCUCACCACCUUUCCCUGAGCAAACCCAGGCUGUGGGUGCUCAGGACCCUGGGUUUGUUGUCUUGUCCCCAGAGGUCCCCAGCAGUGCCCUGGGCUGGGCUCCCUCUUUCCCCUGCACCCCAGCACCACAGCCUGCCCUGCCCUGCCCUCCCCUGCUGUGGGGGGCUCAUCUCCCUGUAAUCCCCCGCCCCCCCCAGGCUCUCUGUGAGUUGGCACAGGCUCUGUUGGAUGCUUUUUGUUGUUGCCCCACGCUGGCUGCCAUGUUGUCAUGGGAUGGGGUCACCAUGGGGUGACGCUCUGUGGCCACCCCAGGCUCAUUGCCUAUGGGCAGACUCAGGUGGAAGAAUUGGGGUUCAGCAUAAUUUGGAAGGAGGAAACAACCCGUCAAGCAGGAGGUUGCUGAUUGCCAGGCCCUGCAGCAGGGACACCGUGCUCCCUGUCACUGCAUCCUGCGAGGAGCCAGGCACCACAGGCAAGCUGGUCCCAUUGCUUCUUGCUGGCCAGUCUCUGUAGGAUACACCAGCUCCCUGGUGAGCCCUCUGCUGCCAAUGCUGCUCCAUGUCCUGCCUCAUUCUCGUGCUGCCUCUGCAAUGGAGCAGCACGUCCCUGCUGUGCCAUGGCCCUGCUUGGCACCUCUGUGUAGUGGCUUGUGAGCAAUGGGCUUCCCGGUCACCCUCAUAAAAGCUGGUUCUCUGA